GCUCUUUAAGCCUCGUCUCUGAUCAACCUAAUCCUCUGCUGCUAUUUCUUCGACCGUGCUUCUGCCAUAUUCGUGUGAGACAUCCUUAAAAGAAUCUUAGAACUGUCUAGUAUAGUCUUGCAUUUUGGGGGUGUGGACGACAUGACGACGGGCUUGAAUAUGAACCAGUUCCCCAAAGAAGCAGCAUCACCCACAAGCAGUCCCUCAAUGGAGGAUCAAGAGAGCGGCCGCAAUGUACAACUGAGAAAUAGAGAUUGUUCGAUGCUUAAAGACUUCAUCCUUGGUCGCUCUCGUCAAGGAAUGAAGCUUAAUACGGCUCGUAUGGUUUUAGCAGAGGCUGUAGGAACUUUCAUCCUGAUGUACUGCAUAUCGGCAAUAGUAUCGAUGACACAACUGCUAAAAGGUGAAGUCGGCCUAAUGGGGUAUGCCGCCACAGCUGGGAUGACCAUAGUCAUCAUUAUAUUCUCUCUAGGGCCCAUCUCCGAUGCUCAUGUUAAUCCAGCCAUCACAAUCGCCUUUGCAACCUAUGGUCACUUCCCGUGGUCUAGAGUCCCACUCUACAUUACUGCUCAGUUGACAGGUUCGGUAUUGGCGACUUAUGUUGGAGCAUUGGUCUACGGCAUCGAGUUGAGUCUCAUGAUCACACGGCCUCUUGGAGGCCCCGCCUCUGCCUUCUGGGUGGAAUUCUUGGCGACAUUCAUCAUGGUCUUCCUAAUCGCAGGAUUGACUUACAAUCAUCAAUCUGUCGGCCAGCUAUCUGGAUUUGUCAUAGGAAUAGGCAUUGGACUUGCGGUAGUGAUCACGGGGCCUGUAUCUGGAGCAUCAAUGAACCCUGCGAGAUCGUUAGGACCUGCAAUUCUCAGUUGGGAUUUUGAGGCCAUCUGGAUAUACAUCAUGGCGCCGGUUACAGGGGCCGUUGCGGGCGCUUUUGUGUAUCGUCUUCUUCGCCUUCAAGGCCAGGAAUCUAGCUCCACUUCAUCUUCUCCUAAUGCCAGUUUGCUGAUCUACUCACAGGAGGCCCUUUGAUGCAGCACGAGAGAGAGAGAGAGAGAGAGAGAGGAUAUAAUGGACCCUGUAAUUGUAAAUUAGUUAUAAACUAGCUUAAGGGUUCAGUUAAAUUUGUUUCCUGUUGGGUGCUAUAAGAGUCGAUAAAGUCACAAUUCAACCGUAAUUAUGCAGGACGAGGUUAUCUAUCA